CACAGUCCAAAAUCCGAUCAAGUGGAAAAAGAAAGAAAGAAACACCUCACAACUUUCUCUCCCCCAACAUUUAUUUUGCGUGAGAUUCUCUCUAUCCAAAUGCAGCAUACCAUAUGUCGUAACCUCACGCGCCGCCCCGUUUAAAAACCCAAAACACAAAACAAACCCCUCUACUCUAUGCGAGCGUGACCCCCACGCGCCGCACCGUUCAAAACACAAUGGGUGGUUGCGCAGCGUCGAAGCUCGACAACGAGGACACCGUCCGCCGCUGCAAAGAUCGCCGCCGUCUGAUGACGGAAUCCGUCCGCUCGCGCCACCAUCUCGCCGCCGCUCACGCCGAUUACUGCAGAUCGUUGCGCCUCACCGGAUCCGCUCUCUCCUCCUUCGCCGCAGGGGAGCCUCUCUCCGUCUCCGAUCAAACUCCCGCCGUGUUCCUCCACACUCCACGCGUCCCGCCGUCGCCUGCCCCUUCCUCCGUCUACACUCCUCCUCCGCCGCCGCCGCCGCAGGCUCCUCCUUCUGUCGCGAGCUCAAAGCUGCCUCCUCCGAUCGUAACGGCUCCGUCGAAUCGGAGACGGAAGCAGCAGAAUCAGCCUAAGCUUCCGCAUAUACUGUCGAGUCCUUCGUCGAGUGAGAGAUCUAAUUUCAUGCCGACGAGUAGUUUCUACCCGACGGCUUACCAGAACUCGACUUACUCGGCGACUCCUUCUCAAGCUUCGUCCGUGUGGAACUGGGAGAAUUUCUACCCUCCUUCCCCUCCCGAUUCCGAGUUUUUUAACCGUAAAUCUCAUGAGAGACAGCACGAUAACCGGUUUACCGAUCAACAAGAGUCGCAACAUAACCGGUUUAGCGAUCAACAAGAGUUACAUAAUCGGUUUAGCGAUCAAGAUAGGCAACAUAAUCGGUUUAGCGAUCAAGAGAGGCAACGUAAUCGGUUUAGUGAUCAAGAGAGGCAACAUAACCGGUUUAGCGAUACGGAAACAGAGAGAUCUGAGCAUGAGUGGAAGGAGAAGCAGUUUGAUAGGGAGACAGAGAGAUCGGAGCGUAGUUUCUCCUCCAACUCGAGGAAGCAGAAGAAGCAGUUUGAGACCACGGUGGAGGAGGAAGCUGAGAGAGAGGAAGUUCAGUGUAGUGAAUGGGAGGAUCAUGACCAUUACAGCAUGACGAGCUCAUCAGAAGCAGCUGAGGAGGUUGAGGAGGAGGAGGAAGAGGAGGAUGAUAGAGAGUCAAUCUCUGAGAUAGGGACACGUUCUGACUUUGGUUCUUCUGUGAAGACUAGUUGGCAGCACGCACCAAUGCAGCAGGAGUAUAGAGGUGGAGAAGAGAAGUAUAGGAAAGGAGAUGACGCGACGUCUUCAAGGAGUUACAGAGAUGUCUCUGACAUGAAGAUGGUGGUGAGACAUAGAGAUUUGAAGGAGAUUGUUGAUGCCAUCAAGGAGAAUUUCGAUAAAGCGGCUGAGGCAGGAGAGCAAGUGUCUCAGAUGCUUAAUCUUGGCAAGGCUCAGCUUGACCGCAGUUUCAGCCACUUAAAGAAAACGGUGAUUCAUUCGAGUAGUGUAUUGAGCAACCUGAGCUCAACUUGGACCUCUAAGCCGCCAUUGGAAGUCAAGUACAGGCUUGACACAACCUCACUUGAACAACCGGGAGGUUCCAAGAGUCUUUGUUCAAGUCUUGACCGUCUCUUGGCAUGGGAAAAGAAACUCUAUGAGGAAGUCAAGGCUAGAGAAGGGUUUAAGAUUGAACACCAAAAGAAGUUGUCGAAACUUCAAAGUCAAGAGUACAAGGGAGAUAAUGAGACUAAGCUAGACAAGACUAAGGGGUCUAUAACUAGGUUACAGUCUCUUAUAAUCGUUACUUCCCAGGCUGUUAGCACAACAUCUACUGCCAUUGUCCGUCUUCGAGAUACUGAUCUUGUCCCGCAGCUCGUUGAACUUUGUCACGGAUUCAUGUACAUGUGGAAAGCAAUGCAUCAGUUCCACGAGAUUCAGAACAACAUCGUGCAGCAAGUUCAGGGGCUCAUUAACAGGUCAGGCAAAGGGGAAUCAACAUCUGAACUACACCGACAAGCAACACGUGACUUGGAAACAGCCGUGUCUCUGUGGCACUCCAGUUUCUGUCGGCUGAUUAAAUUCCAACGGGAGUUCAUACGUUCGGUUCAAGCCUGGUUCAAGCUAACCCUCCUCCCAAUUUGCCACGACGAGAACCCCGGUCACAAAGAGCCAGUAGAUGCCUACACAUUUUGCGAUGAGUGGAAGCUUACUCUAGACCGAGUCCCGGACACAGUGGCGUCAGAAGCAAUCAAGAGCUUCAUCAACGUUGUCCACGUAAUAUCCGCGAAACAAUCAGAGGAGCUGAAGAUAAAGAAACGUACCGAAUCAGCAUCAAAGGAGCUUGAGAAGAAGGCUUCAUCGCUUAGGAACAUAGAAAGGAAAUACUACCAGUCAUACUCCACGGUAGGGUUUGGUCUCCCGGAUUCAGGACCAGACAACGGGCACGUGUUAGACGCUCGUGACCCCCUCACGGAGAAGAAGUUAGAGCUAGGAGCAUGUCAGAGAAGAGUGGAGGAAGAGAUGCUGAAACAUUCAAAGGCAAUAGAAGUGACAAGAGCCAUGACUUUGAAUAAUUUGCAGACGGGUUUGCCUGGUGUCUUCCAAGCUUUGACCAGUUUCUCUGCUCUGUUCACGGAGUCCUUACAAACGGUAUGCACUCGCUCAUACUCCAUCAAAUAGCAACACUAUAUUAUUACUAUAUAGUUGAAGAAAAUACAAAUACUAUAUAGUUAAAAGAUUUUGAUGAGGUAAGAGGGCUACAGAGCUGGAAGUUUCAUAUGGUUAUGUCUUAUUAUUUCGGGCUGGUUGUUUGGAUAAUCUUUUAUUUCUGAAAAGAAAAUGUAUAUAUUAUGGAGUCUUCAGUAUUUCUUAAAAAAAUUCUAGAAUUUGGGCUUUUUGAUUUCUAUGUAUGAAAUGUGGUGUUUUUGUUUGUUCAUGUAAUUCUCAGCUACAUGUACUAAAGAAAUUCCAGGACAUGAAUAAAGAAUGUUCUCUUGCUUGUUCAUUAUAUAGUCGUGUGAUCUGUAAGUAAUAAUCUAGGUCUUGCCUCGAAAUGUCCCUUUUUGGUGUGCAUGAAACUGGUGGGUGUUGACGUGUUGUAAAU